AUGCAUCAUCCACCGCAACAAUCGGCUGCCCAUCAAGCACCGCAGCAGAUGUUCCCCACUCAAAUGCCGUACGGUUCAUAUCCAUACAUGAACAUGAAUAUGUACAGUCCUGUAACAGGUGUUCGAGCCGAGGAUCAAUAUGCUGCCCUCUACGCCGCUAGCAUGCCGUUCGGUAUGGGUGUCGACUUGUCAGCUAUCUUGCCACCAACGACACCAAUGUCUCAAGCUGGUGCUAAUCAACAACAUCCCGGAUCUACCCAACAUCGUUCGGAUACGCACAAUCUUGUCGAUAUGAACAAAUUCGCAUCGGGAAAUACUAGAGAUGGCAGCGGUCAGCAACCGUCCAACGUAGCUCCACCACCUGGUUUCGCGAAUCCAUCGUUUAUGCCGCAACCAGGACUAUCGUCUCUAUUUUUACAACAACAAUUUCCACCACAUCCGUACUCGUUUAUGAUGCCAAAUGUGGGAUCAGGACGUCAGAUGUAUCCACAAGAAGACGAUCGCAAAUCAUACGAUAAGAUGGGAGGAGCGAAACAAGCGCAAGCGACUCCUCCUCAACACUAUCACAAUGUUGUGGGAAGAGAAGCAAGUGUUCAGGAAAUGUCAGCGCCUGUAGCGCUAGUAACCGGAGCCACUAGUUCUGUUGGGAAGGCUAUUGUGCGUCGAUUAGCAUUCGCUGGACACAAGGUCGCAGCUGCUGACCAGUGUCCUAAUGCUGUUAACGAUGUAGCUGAAGAUAAUAAAAGGGUUGGCGGUAAUGUGCUCGGUUUUUCCUUCAACAUAGAAGACAAAGCCCACCGAAGCGAAUUGUUGUCUCGGGUAGUGCAAGAAAUGGGAGCACUGGAUUCCGUGGUGAUUGUGCCUCCAGACAAUGACGUUCGUGGAGACAUUAUUGACACCGAUAUAAAGCAUUUCGAUAAGCUCUUCAAUGAUCGAUUGACGAUACCGUUUCGUUUGACUCAAGCUGCCCUUCCAUUAUUAGAAAAGUCAACAGUGAUGUAUAUCACAUCUUGCGCUGGCUUCACUCCUGGUCUUGACAUUGGAUUGUUAUCAGUGGCGGCAACAGCUGUUCUUGGUCUCACCAAGAACGUUGCUCUCAGUGCUGCUCGUCGUGGUGUCCGUGUAAACUCAGUGUGCUUCGGGAUGGUGGAAAACGAUGGCACAGGUGCUUUUUGGGAUACGCAUAAGUCAGAAGAAGCUCUGCAAGAACUACAGUCCAUGAUUCCACUUGGACGAUUAGGAAGACCAUCUGAUGCAGCAUCCCUUGUCCAGUUCCUCAUAUCUUCUCGGGCAAGGUAUAUAACCGGUGAGAAUUGUCUACUAAAUGGUGGAGUAUCUUUUAGAUUGUAG